CCCACAUGAGGAACUUUUUUAUUCAAAACAAUUGAACACAUACUGACAUUUAGUAGUAAUCAGGAUAACGUAACGAAAUGUAUUAUUGCACACAUUCACAGGGUGGCAGUACCUUCUCAGUUUAAAACCGUAUAGCGUCUCAGCGCAGGAUAGACUUGAGUCCGCCCCUAUACGUUCAGACUGGUUACAGCAUUUAGCUGGCACCCUUGGAUUAGUCCUUAUUGACUGUUUUCUGUAAAAUAAAUUCUAAGGAGACACAAAUAUAGUUCGUGCUGUGAUGGACCGCAAUUCUAGAUAAGUGGACAAUGUUGGACGCGUUUGGAUUUGUACUUUUACAUCAAAACAUGGAACAAAGAGGACGGGAGCCAUGGCGACAGCGAGCCAAUUUAAUCGCCGUUUUGCUUCUGCUUUCAUUUUUCGGAGUAGCCUCGGCACAGUUGAGAUACUCUAUAGCUGAAGAGCUCAAAGAGGGAAGUUUUGUUGGAAAUGUUGCUAAAGAUUUGGGAAUUGACCUGACUUUAAUGAAGCAUAGGGGAUUUCGUAUUAUGUCCGGCUCGACUGAACCUCUGUUCAAGGUAAAUGAGAAUGACGGCAUCCUUUAUGCGAACCAUAAAAUAGACCGGGAGGAAAUAUGUAAGGAGAGCAGUGUAUGUUUAAUUAACCUCAAAACUGUUCUUGAAAACCCACUAGAAGUGCAUUAUGUCACCGUUGAAAUAACAGAUUUAAAUGACCACUCUCCCACAUUUCCAGAGAAAACCAAGAGGCUAGAGAUCUCAGAGUCUGCGUUGCCAGGGGCAAGAUAUCAGUUGCAAAAUGCACACGACCCGGAUGGUGGCACAAACUCCGUCCAACAGUAUAAAAUCAGUCAGAAUGAUCAUUUUCGUUUAGAGAUUAAGGACCGCGGCAGAGAUGGUAAAACUCCAAUUUUACAAUUACAGAGGCAGCUUGACAGAGAGGCCAAACGUAGUCAUAAAUUGGUGUUGACUGCAAUAGAUGGCGGAAAUCCCUCAAAGACAGGCACAGUUGAAAUAUACAUAGAUGUUCUAGAUGUUAACGACAAUAUGCCAGUGUUCACCAAAGACACCUAUUCCACUGUGCUACAAGAGAACGCCCCAGUUGGCACAACAGUCAUCCAAGUUAAUGCAACAGAUCAGGACGACGGUCCCAAUGGGGAAGUGGUUUAUUCUUUCGGCAGUGAUGUGAAAGGCAAGAUUAGAGAGCUGUUUGAUAUUGAUUCUGUCACUGGGGAGAUAAUUGUGAAAGGUCGUGUAGACUUUGAGGAACAGGACAGCUAUGACAUUGAUAUACAGGCAUCUGACAAGGGAAUUAUUCCAUUCAGAACAGAUAAAAGUGUGAUCAUUAAAAUUGGAGAUACAAACGAUAAUCCUCCUGAAAUAGAAGUGGCAUCGUUGUCAAGUGCAGUUUCAGAGGACUCUAGACCAGGAACAACCGUAGCACUUAUCAGCAUUACUGAUUUAGACUCUGCAUUGAAUGGCAAAAUAAUCAGCUUUGUAGCCGAAGACAGCCCGUUUACAUUAACCCCUUCAAUACAAGAUAACAUGUUCGCUGUUGUCACAAGGUCACAGCUUGACAGGGAACAGCAAUCAAGAUAUGAUAUUACAAUAAUCGCUAAAGACGCAGGUGAACCAGCCUUAACAUCCGAAAAGACUAUAAGCGUGUUUGUAUCAGAUAUUAAUGACAACAGUCCCAUGUUUUCUGUGAGCCCCUAUAGUUUUUACAUCACCGAAAAUAACCCCCCAGGGGCCUCUUUGUUUUCUGUAAGAGCCUCUGAUCGUGACGAGGGAGAGAAUGCGCUUAUUUCGUAUCAUAUUCUCAGGAAUGCAGGUUAUGAAAAUAAAGUCACAUCAUUUCUCAACAUAAACUCUGAAACUGGAUGACAUUUGUGG